UAUGUCGGAUGGAUGACCUAAACAAUUAGCCGCGGUUGAUAUCUAGCCAUAUUCUUUUUAUUUUCUUUUUUCUUUAUAUAUACCCAGUUGUAAGGUAUUCAUUUUUCUUUAUUUUUCCCUUCAUAUUUUUCCCUCCAACUACCACAACUCCAAUUGCAAGGCUAAAUUAGUAAAAGCCAAAUAUUCCCACUUCCAUGGACGUCCGCGGCCGCUCCUUCCAUUAUCGUCGUCGUUAAUAAAAGGCGAAGGCUUCUCCUCUUCGCCUCGAGUUUCCCUCCUUCCCUCCACCAGCGAUGAAGGUUAUCGAUAAGAUCGCCGGCGACCACGACGGCCCCGUCGUCUUCUCCUUCGAGUUCUUCACUCCGAAGCUCUCCGGCAAGCUGGAGGACCGCGCACGCGCCUCCGACGCCUUCGUGGCCAAGGUUGCCCGCAUGGCCGCCCACGGCGCGGCCUUCUGCGACAUCACGUGGCGCCCCCGCGACGCCGACUCCACACUCGCCCUCGCCGGCCGGAUGCAGCGCGAGGUCGGUGCCGAGACCAUGAUGCACCUCACGUGCCUAGGCAUGCCCCUCGACCGCAUCGACCACGCCAUCUCCGCCGUCCGCGCCGCCGGCGUCCAGAACGUCCUGGCCCUUCGCGGCGAUCCUCCUCAAGGUUCCCCCGAUGCCGCCGUCUCCGCGGACGAGGCCGCCCCCAGCGGGCCCGCCUGCGCCCUCGAUCUGGUCGAGCACAUCCGAUCCAAGCACGGGGACUACUUCGGCAUCGCCGUCGCCGGGUAUCCAGAGGCGCACCCGGACAAGAUCUCGGACGGGAGCGAGGUCGCGACAGUGGAGGGAUACGAGAGCGAUCUGGAGUACCUCAAGAAGAAGGUGGAAGCCGGGGCGGAUUUGAUCGUGACGCAGCUCUUCUUCGAUGUCGAUAUUUUUCUCAAAUUCGUGGGGGAUUGCCGGCGGGUCGGGAUCGAUUGCCCGAUCGUGCCAGGAAUCCUUCCGAUCGCGACGUACCGGAACUUCCAGAGGAUGACGGAGACGUGCAAGACGAAGGUGCCGGCGGAUGUGAGGGCGGCGGUGGAGGCCAAGAAGGGGGACGAGGCGGCGCUGGCGGCGUACGGUGUGGAGCUGGCGACGGAGAUGUGCCGGCAAAUCUUGGAGAAAGGGAUGAGGGAGUUGCACUUCUAUACGAUGAACCGCGAGGAGCCGACGCUGGCGGUGCUGAGGAAUCUGGGGCUGGUUACGGGAGCCGACAAGGGGGUUCCGAAAACUUUGGCAGAGAUCCAGAACGGCGAGAAAGCGGAGUCGGAAAAGAAGCCGGCGAACGGGACGCCGUAGAUGCGGGAUACUUUGGUAGGUCCCAAAGAAGAUCUCAACGAGGAACACGUUGUUGACCAAGUAUCGUCCAAGCGUUCACACUAUAGUUUUGUAUUGGCACGUGGGACGCGGCUCCGCAGGACGGAGGCCAAGUAAUGGGAGAAAUAUAUUAAGACAGGAGAUGAUAGCAAUCAAGUGGAUAAUUUUUUAUCACUGAUAUCGCAUGAAAGAACAACAUAUAAUACUCAUCUUGUUACACCUGCAUGACAAUUCUAUCUGUUAUUUGUAAUCUUAAAAAAAGGCAGUUCCCCUUCUCACU